ACGCGCAUCUUCACCUAACUACUCGGGGGUCUCACUAUUUUCUGCCACAAAUGCCACAUCCAGGUUUAAAACCAAGGCCGCCAUGAAAGGUUAUGAAAACACACAUGUUGACUUAACAAUAUGUAAGGAGUUAGGAAUAAAGUCGCCAGCCGUAUGCAAAUUGACAGAGUUGGCGGAAAUCGCUUUGGGAAAUGAAAAAUCAAAUUCACCAGAAUUUACUUCUUUAUCAAAUGAACAGGAAGGCUCUAUUUUUCGGGCUGUAACGAGCCGAGAAUAUAUAACUUCCUCAGCUGCCGUCGAUCAUCCGAAAAAUUGUGGAGGUGGUAAUGACGAGCGAAUCAAAAGUAAAGAAGCACACAGUUCAACGUCGUCGAAAACUAUAAUGCAUUCUUCAAAAAUAAAAUCUGCGGUCGAAGAUAAUAGUAAAGAAGCGUGCAGAAAAAUUGUGAUUCCAGAGAGACCGUUCAAAAAUAUCGGUCUUGAAGAAAAAGAAACAAUCACCUUUCAAAAACCCAAAACUACCAUCAAUUUUCUCACAGAUGAUAACAGUAUAUCGACAACAAGUUACUCAGAUCGUGAUGAUUUUGACUUUGCCUCUUUGAGCUGCGAUGAAGAGCUCAGUCCAAAGCCUAGUAUCGAGAGAAAUGUCAAAAAUAAUUCCGAUAGCAGUUCCAGUCGUGCCUCUGCUAAAACUUUUGAAAAUAAGUCUCUCAUAAUGGAUCGUAUAUUUAAAAAUAUGGGCACGAAAGCGAAAACAUCCAUUAAAGUUCAAAGCAUAGGUAUACAAAAAGGUUCGUCACCCAAAGCUGACAUCAAUCAAUUGUUUGACGAACUACGCGGUGAUUGUGAGGCUAAAGUAAAAACAUCAGAAAGUGUCCCGAAAAAACAUACCAGUUUGAUAAGCCCCGAAAAUGUGAAAGUCAAACAAAGGCAACAACCUUCCCAAACGGAAAGUCCAUCGUCUUCGAAGCGUGGAUCGCGAGAAACUCGAAAGAAGUCAAAUGCCAGCGCAAAAAGUCAAAAAGAAAUAUCCAGACUCCAAUCUGAACUAGGUAUGAGCCAAGAGGAGAUAGUUAAGCUGAUUAACGAAGGGCAAAGAAAAUCUAAAAGACGUUGCGCUACGAACAGGCCAAAAAAGCUAGUCGAAAUGUGGAGCUCAGACGAGUAUGAAGAGUUUUUGUCCACGAAAGAUAUCAUAGCUCUCAUAGAGGAGAAAGAAAAACAAGAAACGCGAAAAAAACGCAAAAGCGCCAACCAAUUGAGCACGUGUAGCAACAAAAAUAAAGUCAUUGAACCUCCUAAGUUAAUACCAAGUAGACGCAAAAGUGUACGGUGUUUAGUUGAUAAGGACGAAAGACUUCUAGGGGGCCCUGCAGGUGCAGAAAAGAGCAGAGGAAGAAAACAUAGUGAUUUUAAGGAAAUUGUAAAUAACGUAAAAACAUUAAAAUGGGAACCUUGCACUAGUGUUGUAGUUAAUAAGAAGCACACUAGUAAUAAUAAUAAUAAUCAGUGCUAUAAAAAUCGGAGAAAAAACCAAUCAAAUCAAUCAUCUCCACGGCGGAAACGCUUGGCUUCCGAAAAGCUAUAUUACUGGUCGUCAUCAAGUGAUGAGGAUUUUGGGAAAAUUAAUUCAACAUGUGAGCAGGAGUUAGACGGCGGGGAACAAUAUCAAAAGCAUGGCUGGAUUGUUGGGGAUUCACAUAAAAAAUUAGUUACUUUACUCGCAAUAGCAAAAGGAAAUAAAAAAGUUGAUAAUAGUUGUGGAGUGAAGAAAAAUGUUAGCAGAAAGAAAAAUUAAUGUUGAUAAGUAUGUAAAUAUAAAAUUUUAAAAUUAAGAUAAUGUUAUGUGUAUAACGGAUUUUUUAUUAAAUAUAUUUUUAAAAUAAAGCCUAGCUUAUGGUAAAUUGCAAAAAAAAAA